CGACCGCUCGGGUCGUGCCCCCGCGGACAUUUCCGCCCCUGCUAUAAGUGGCACGCCGGGCGGGGGCAAGCGGCGGCGCGCGGCGACCCCCGCAGCAGCUCCGAACCUUCUCCCCGCCCAGGAAGCUCACCGGGAAGCCGACCGGAUCCCCCCAAAUCACACACACAUCCCCGCCACCUCCUGCUACAACUACAAAUCCACCCGCCGUCGGCAUCCCUCGCUCCCCAUGCACACCGGCAGCUCGCCGACCCUCCGAGCUCGGGCCGCUACUGCUAUAAAUACGAAGCUCCGCGGCGGUGGUCCGGCCGGUCAUGGCGGCAGUCGGCGCGCGCCCAGUGCUGUACCACCACCCGGCGCCGGCGGGCGACGCCGCCUCCAUGUCCUCGUACUUCUCCCACGGAGGCAGCUCCACCUCCAGCUCCGCGUCCAGCUUCUCCGCCGCGCUCGGCGCCGCGCCCGCGCCCGCGCCCGCGCCGCUGCCGUCGCUCGCGGACCAGUUCGACAUCUCCGAGUUCCUCUUCGAUGACGGCGCGGGGGCGGCGGCCGCGCCAGGCGUGUUCGCCGACGGCGCGCCGCCCCCCGUCGCGCCGGCUGCUGGCAGCGCGAUCAGUGCGGCCGCACAUGCCGCCAGGAGCGCGGCGGAGGCGGUGCCGGAGCAGCCGCGGACGGAGCGGAUCGCGUUCCGGACGAGGUCGGAGGUCGAGAUCCUGGACGACGGCUACAAGUGGAGGAAGUACGGCAAGAAGUCCGUCAAGAACAGCCCCAACCCAAGGAACUACUACCGGUGCUCGACGGAAGGGUGCAACGUGAAGAAGCGGGUGGAGCGGGACAAGGACGACCCCAGCUACGUGGUGACCACGUACGAGGGCACGCACAACCACGUGAGCCCCAGCACGGUGUACUACGCCAGCCAGGACGCCGCCUCCGGACGCUUCUUCGUCGCCGGCACGCAGCCGCCGCCGGGCUCCCUCAACUAGUCCCGGCCGGCCGAUCGAUCCACCGCGCCACCGGUCGGGCGGCCAGCACGGCGGAACGCCGCCGCGCGUACGUCCAAGUAAGCCGGCGGCCAGAUAGCUAGUCGAUCGGUAUAGUAGUAGGACAUAUAGGUGAUCAUGAUCUGGCCGGGUCGGUUUCUCGAGGUGGAUCGUUUGGGAUCUAGCGCUCGUCCUCUUUUCCCCCGUCCUUUUCGGCGGCCGCUGGCUGUUGCGAUCGAAUGAAUAGUGUGCGGCUGCUGCUCGUGCUGGCUCAGGAGGUUUUUCCGCACAUCACUUGUUCCCACGAGCAUCAGUUGAGCUGAUCAGUCUGGGAAAUGUAGCAUUUAUAUACUGCUGCCUUGACCGUGCAAUAAGAUGUACAGAGGUUUUGUCCGUUGUUCAUCGA